GGCACCAUGACUCCGCGCAAGGACCGCGACACGCCCGGCAACAUUGUCUACUCGCAGCCGGCGCUGACGGGCACGGGCGAGAGCAUCAUCUCGCAGAUGGCCUACGCAGUGCGCUGGCUGCGCGAAAAGGGCGAGCCGCAAACGGGGCUCGACGUGCUCGGCUACCUGUCGGCGACGGGGCGGCCCGAGUCCGAGCAGGAGUUCUUCAUCGAGCAGAUGCGCCGCAACCCGCACAUCCAGUGGAUCCCCGACCCGGAGCUGAGCGAGCAGACCUGGCGGUCCGGCACCUACGUGCACCGCCCGACGAUCCCGGAGGUCAAGGACAAGACGUCGCUGCUGGCGUACCUGCAGAAGAAGACAGACGCGAGCGGCGUCAGCGUCAAGGACCUGAAGGACGGCUGGCCCGACUGCGAGGCCGCCAUCAACGAGCUCGAGGCCGAGCACAAGCUGCUGGUCGUGCGCGCCAAGAAGGACGGCGCCCCGCGCAUGGUCUGGCUCGACGACCCCAGCCUGUUCCACGAGGUCGACCCGCAGCUCAAGCUCAUGUGGGCCCGCGUCGAGGUGCCCAGCCCGGAGAACAUCGUCGGCCGGCUGCUGGCCGCCCAGCAGAAGCCCGCGUCCGAGGACCCGCGGCUCAAGGCCGCCCAGGCGCCCAAGGUGGAGAAGAAGAAGAAGCGGGCGCAGCGCCGGACCGGCAAGUCGACGAACGUGCAUAUGGAGCAUCUUCUGAAGGAUUACAGCAGCUUGAGGCGUUAAGGGUGGGUGGAAUCCUGCGUGCUUUAUUUGGGACUGGUGGCGCCUAAGCAACACAUGGUGGAAGGCGCUUUUCUCUUUUGUUUUUUCUAUAUCCUUUUUUCUCAUCCAUUCCCCUUGCAUUGGGUUGGCGCUGGGAAGAAUGGGCCGGUUCAGGGUUCUUAUGAGUCAUGUCAUGGCGUGGGUCGGUAUCAAAUCCAUCGGUUGUCUGCUUUUACUCUGGCUUGCGUGGCUGUCCUGGCACGGAAAAAGGCAUUGCGAUGUUUUAGAGGGAAAUUGGGGGUUGCUUUUCGGGGGGCAUUGGCGUUUGUUUCUGCGGCUGUUGAGAGGCUCUCCCUCACACGAGCCCGCGCUGAGAUCACUUGUGGGAACGGAACCUGUGUCGAUCGCGAGCAGGUAAUCUGUGUGUACAAUAACUGUCAGAAAAUCAACCGAUUGUUCGGC